AUGUCAGGCAGCGGUGUUCAAGACUGUCGACAAGCGGCUUUCAGGCCUGCUCAAGAUACUCAAGCGCUACUGAAGAGCGGCAAAGAACGCAAUGAUGCCAUUGCCUGUAGCGUUAGGCAGAUGGCUGCCCGUUAUGAAAAGCUGGUCAGCGCUCAGGUCAAUUGCGCAGAUACCGUGCAGCAGAGUGCCAGGGGCAUCAACGCAGCCGUUUCUUCUUCGUGCAACUCUGUGUCUGAAGCUGCAAAUGCCGUGCAGCGAAAUGCGGAGAGCAUCAAUGCAACUUUGUCUUCCACAGGCAGAUCCGUGUCUGAAGCCGCAGACUCGGUCAAGACGGCUGCGCAGGAGAUUGUCCCCGAAGUCCACGGGGUUCGGCUCAUGGCCAAUUCGUUGUGCAUAAGCGUUGCGACUAUCGCGGUCAUCAUGGAGCAGAUGGUUCUGGAGAUUAAGAAAGUGAAUCAAAACCCGGAGAACAUCCGAGAGGAGCUCUGGCGCACCAAUGUGCUGACUUCGUCUGGCGGUGCGGGCAAAAGCGGAUUUGCUGAAGUGGUAUAUAACUUUGUCAACAUGGAGGUUGGGAAGAGCCAGUAUAAAGACGACUGCUUCUUUGUUUGGCAUCCCGACACUUCGUGGCAUCCGGCGUUUUAUGCAAAGGUCAAGGAGGCGCCGCUGCCAGCCACCUUUAUGGGCGAAUCGGACUGUCUGGACCGGCUGUGUACUGCCAUGAAGGCGAUUCGGCAGGGUAUGAAGGAGCAGGGCAAGGAUCCUGAAAAGAUACCUACUUUCCACAUCUUGAUUCCAGCUUGGUACAAUCUCGCAGCCAUGGAACCUGUUCAUUUUCCGGAUGAGCUUCUUCCUUUGAGACUAGUUGGACCAAAACAUGAUGGAGGCAAACCAGUGGUGCCAUUCGUUCUUCCUCGACCACAGGCAGAUUUAACUUUACAAGCAAUUGGGAAUAGCUUCGGGGAGAAGUUGCUUGAUCUAAUCACGGCGAAAUUACUGGCGGGGACAAUAGCAAUGUCAUCGGCCUUAGGAGGUACGGUUGCCGGGAUGACAGCGGUGGCAGCAUUGUUUACUGUUGCUCCUCCUCUGGGACUUGUGGCUUCUGUGCCCGUGAUGGGCCGAAAUCCGCUGAAGCGCAGGAAGCCACCCAUUGCUCCUUUCUUGGCAAAUCACGCUGAAUGGCAUUGGUCUUAUAGGUUCGCUGUUUCUUUUGACUUGAUCAACCAGAAGUCGUUCCAGUUUUGUGUAUAUCGUAUUGCUUAUAUGCUUUUGGCUCAUUGCCCGAUAUUGUUAGCUUAUGGAGAACAUGAGUAUGCCACUUGA